AUGGCGAGUCUCUUAGAUAAAGCCAAGGAGUUUGUUGCUGAUAAACUAGCCGGAGUUCCUAAACCGGAGGGUUCAGUUACGGACGUUGACCUUAAAGACGUGAACCGUGACUCGGUCGAGUACUUAGCCAAAGUUUCAGUCACCAAUCCUUACGGUCAUUCGAUUCCCAUCUGCGAGAUCAGUUUCACUUUUCAUAGUGCCGGCCGGGAGAUUGCAAAGGGGAAGAUACCGGACCCGGGUUCGUUGAAAGCUGAGGAGAUGACGGUUCUUGACAUUCCGGUGUUGGUUCCGUAUAGUAUACUGUUGAACUUGGCUCGAGACGUUGGUGUGGAUUGGGACAUUGACUACGAGCUCAAGAUCAGUCUAACCGUUGACCUUCCUGUGGUCGGAGAUAUCACUAUCCCUAUUUCAAGCAAGGGCGAAAUCAAACUCCCUACUUUUAAAGAUAUCUUCUAA